UGUUGACCAGAAGCGGUGGGGAAACUAUGGACGCCGCCGGAGCUGGAGCCGUCCGCAAGAUCAAGGUGCUGGGCGCGUGGGCGAGCCCGUUCGUGCUGCGGGUGCGCGUGGCGCUGCACCUCAAGGGGCUGGAGUACGAGUACGUGGAGGUGGACCUCGCCGACAAGAGCGAGCUGCUCCUCGCCUCCAACCCCGUGCACAAGAAGGUCCCCGUGCUACUCCACGGCGGCAUGCCGGUGUGCGAGUCCAUGCUCAUCGUGCAGUACCUCGACGAGGCCUUCUCCGGCGCCGGCCCGGCCUUCCUCCCAGCCGACCCACACGACCGCGCCGUCGCCCGCUUCUGGGCCGCCUAUGUCGACAACGAGCUGCUGAGCUCUUGGUUGGCAGUCUACGCUGCGAGGACGGAGGAGAAGGCAGAGGCGGUGACGCGAACGCUCGCGGCGGUGGACGUGCUGGAGGGCGCGCUCGCGGACGCGGAGUGCUCCGGCGGGAAGGGGUGGUUCGGCGGCGACGGCGUGGGGUUCGUGGACAUCGCGCUCGGCGGGUUCGUGCCGGCGAUACAAGCGUCGGAGCCGACGACCGGGCUUAGGAUCGUGGACCCCGACAGGACGCCGCGGUUGGCGGCGUGGGUGGAGCGGUUCUGCGCGCUCGACGCGGCCAGGGCGGCCAUGCCGGCGGUCGACACUCUCGUUGAGAUGGGCAAGAAGAGGCUCGCCGAAUCAGAGGCCGGGACGACGGCGGCGGAGGAGGCGAGCAAAUGAACGAGCCGUCAGACCUUCCCUUUUCCGACUCUGUUCGGCACAGAAAUAAAUCAAGAUUAGCUACUCGUAUUGUAUUAGGGCUUGCUACGCCCGGACGUCCAGUUAUAUGCUAACAUCAGACGCAUAUUCUACCGUUUGAUUGAACUAUAUUGACAGUCUUUGUAUCAUUCGAUCAUGAUAAAAAUCUCCCACCGUAACAUAUGGAGAUGUUUCACGCAA